AUGAAGCUCAAAACACGCAUUUGUAAAAGAAAUUCAGCUAAAGUAUCGGAAAAUCCACAAGAGCGGAAUAAACCAUUAAAUAGCUAUCCGCUGAGCUGUGUGGACUGGAGCAGUAAUGAGGAGAUCUACUUUGUCAGCGAUGAUCACCAGAUCUACAAGUGGAACGAUGUGAGUCGCGAUACCGUAGAGGUGGCCAAGCUGCCGGAUGACUUUAUACCCACGGAUAUGCACUGGCUGCUGUUGGGUGGCCGCAGCAGUGGCGGUGGCAAGGGCAGCGAUACGCUGCUCAUUUGCAGCACCGACGGACGCUUCGUCAUAUUGAACAAGAGUGCGCGGGUCGAGCGCAGCAUUUCCGCCCACACGGCGGCAAUUAGCUCGGGUCGCUGGAGUCCCGAUGGCGCUGGCCUAUUGACCGCCGCAGAGGAUGGCGUCAUCAAGAUCUGGUCGCGAUCCGGCAUGCUGCGCUCCACGGUCAUACAGAGCGACGAGCCCAUCCGCUGUGCCCGCUGGGCGCCCACCUCAACGGCCAUUGUGUUCAGCCAGGGUGGCCACAUCUCCAUCAAGCCGCUGGCAGCCAAUAGCAAACUGAUAAGGAUUCUUCCAUACAGCUCAAAAGUAACCUAG